GGCUCACUUCCAAGAUCCCUCUGAACAGAAUGGAAACAAAGAAAAUCACAACGCUGAGAGAGGGCUUCCUCGUGAAGCGGGGUCAUCUCGUCCACAACUGGAAGCCGCGCUGGUUCGUUUUGGUGCCGGACAGGCUUCUGUAUUUUAAAUACGACGGAGGUAAAAGAGACUCGUGCCAGCGAGGGAAGAUCCUCCUGAAGGACUGCGAGAUCACUUCUCCUUUCCUGGACUAUGAAAACCGACCGCUGGUGAUCAAGCUCCGGACGAAGAAUGGCGUGGAUCAUUUCCUCGAGGCUUGUUCCCGAGAGGAGAGGGAUGACUGGGCGGGAGAUAUCAGCGCCGCCAUGGAGAAACUGCGGGGCCCCGAAGGUGUGAAGGGGCCAAGUCUUCAAACUACUACAGGACCCCAGCUGCACGACAUCAAUCUGAUCAAAGUGCUGGAGUCCAUGUAUGACGUGCACAGUGGAAUCAAGAUGGGAAACCACUUGGAUCACGGCAGCUCGUACAGCAACUGUUUCUCAGACUAUGAGAAGAAGUCUUGA